UUUUUAACUUUUUUUUAACUUUAACUAAUUAAUUAGAUAUAUUAUUCAACCCUGAAAACAUUUCAUCAAAUUAUAUUCUAUUCUGUAUAAAAACUUAUCGAUAUCGAGUACGGACGUCUUUCGGAAUUGAAGAUUAGUAGAACUGAAGUACCGUGUUACGCGUAUCAUGUGUUUUACGUGGAAGAAGAAUGCGCUGCUCCUAUUUACCCCAUUCGGAUGACACCUUUGACGUUCGCGCUCCGACUCUGUCUCUCUCUCUGUCUCUCUCACUCGUUCGCUCACUUCUGCGCACUGCGCGACGCGCCGCGGCGGGAUAUAUACACACGCGCUAUCGCGGCUGGCUUCAGUCGACACGCGGCGCUCGUACGAGGUGGAUCUUCGCGCGCUUUCCUUCCCGCGGCCCGAGAGGGAGAAAGAAGGAAGAUAGCGAUAAAAGCAAGAGAGAGAAGUGAAUCGUGAGAGAAGUGUUUUAUCUUUAAUCGUCUCCGAGGAAUCUCCGCGAAUGUUAUAACCGAAAUUAGAUUACCUCGCUAUUAAUGAUCGUGAUCGCGAUGAUUUCGUCGUCGCCGUUGUCGUCAAUGGAAAUAAGAAGAAGAGGCACGUCGCGACGAGAUUUCCCCGUCGAGGAUCCGGCUCGCGUACCGAUUUUUUCAUCGCGAACAGCUCCUAGAAUGCCACGUGCCGGCAUCUGAAAGAGAUAGAUCGAUCAAAAGUAGUCCGAAUUUCUCGAGACACUCGAUUUACAUAAACCAGCAAAAAUCGGAAAGAUAUUACUUUGAUCUUCCUCCGUUAUCCGUGAAGUUGCAUCCGGGAGUUCGAUAGCAUCGAACGACUGGAAGAUCGAGAAAGGAGAGAGUUCUAACGAGCGACUAACUUCAGAGGAGACGCGUGUGCAUUCCUCGCGCUCCUACAAGAAGUAGCCGGCGUGAGACCGGCCGCGGAGACGUUGUCCCUGGCUAUGGGCAAGCUCUCGAUAAUCCCGCGAAGUGAUACUGUUCGCGACUACGCAAGGGCGAGGAACGGCGCGGAAGAGGCGAGAACAACGGCGGCGCCUGUCCGAGGGUCCAGCGCGACGAGUGGCGCGAUCGCCGAUAGCGCUGCCGCCGAUCGCGAUUAUUAUCGAUUCCUUAUCGCGUCGAUCGGCCGCAACGAUGACGUGCCGUCAUCGAGGGAAGGUGAGUUUCUCGACGGUUUUUCGGCGAGCCCGAAAGUCGUCGGCGGUGACGUUUCGACGAGCGAUCAGCUGGUGAUCGCCGCCCGUCAAAAGCACCGGGUCUCGAUUGUCGCGCGAUUGCGCGAAAAAGACACCGAAGUCGAACCUAACCUUCUCGCGCGGGAUCACGAUGAUGACGAUGUCGUCGAACGGACUUGUUGCGCUACCUUACUCGCGCGGAGACGAGCUCGCGAAGAUUUUAUUGGAUUUCGUCGCUCGAGGAACGACGAACGACGAAAUCGUCGGCGAGCUGUCAACGGCGGAUCUGUCAGUGCGGAAAGAUCAGCUGAUGUAGUGGAUGAUAUCGCGAUCGGGCGGGAAGACCGAGAUCGACUCGCUGGUGUCACGAACCGAGUUUCCAAGUGCGAUGUUGGCGUUAAUGCGAGAAACGAUAAUAUCUGCAAUUUUCCUAGACUGACUGGGUUCGUCAAGCCCUCGUGUAUCUUCGCCGAGGAGGUGGCGCGAAGAAAUACGUCGUCUUCGUUGCGAUUCCCGGCGAGAAUCGAGCAUCGUGGAGGUCAAGUCUGGCGGAUCAAGACGUGUCGAGGAUUGCCAAGGAUCGGAUUUGUUCUGCGAGCUUUUCUAUUGGGACUACUCAUGAUGAGUUUGUUCUGCGACCUAGUGCUGGCCGCGCCGUCGUCGUCGUCUUUGGAGGCGAUGGACAUCUUUGAAGAUGACAUCGAAGAGGAGCUGGUGAUACCGAGAAACAAACUCGGCGAGGACGAGUUGCAAAUUAUCAGAAGGAGCAUUGUGCAAGGUCUCGGACUUCAGAGAAUACCUGAUGCUUCGAAGGCUAACGUGAGCCAGGCCGAGUAUGAAAGAGCACAUAGAGAGUACCUGAAACAAGUGCAGCUGUCGCACGACGAACAAGAGUCUAGAAGACGACGGGAUCUUCGCGUAUUUCAAACCGCAGAGCAUCCGGGGAACAGAUCAAGCGUAAACUGGAAAGGAGGGAAUCACCGUCAUUUCCUGUACUUUCCUGUCACGGUUUCCCAUGACACCGAAGAAGACGUCACGGUCGAUCAUGCGUCUUUAAGAUUCCUUCUUCAAGGCGAUCAUAGACGCCCGCGUGAUCUGGAAGUCCUAGUUUACAUCCGCACGCCAAUCUCCCAGCGUCUUCUGCUACGGCACAAAAUUUCACAGAGACACACGACGGACUCCCGAUGGCUCGAAUUGGAUUUCACCGAAGCGGCCGCUAGCUGGCUCGAGCGGAACCUGGACAACUACGGUCUCGAGCUGGAGUUCCUUCACGACGGCCGUCCGACUCGGCGCGAUAUCUCCUACACGACCUUGAACGUGUUCAUCGCGUUUGAAUCGGGUGGCAGGAGGAAGAGAUCCACGCUCAAGGAGCUGAUGCCGCUGCACAAGGGUCGGCGUAGCAAGUGCAAGGGUGACAAUAACAAGAAGUGCUGCCGGCACGAAUUGACGGUGAUGUUCAAGGACUUGGAGGGCUUCGAAUUCAUCGUGUAUCCGAAAGGUUUCGAUGCCGGAUACUGCAAGGGCCGUUGCCCGCCUCGCUACAAUCCGGCGCAUCACCAUGCGCUAUUACAAAGCCUGUUGUGGAAGGAGGACCGGAAGAGGGUACCCAAGCCAUGCUGCGCACCCAGCAAGCUCGAUCAACUGAGGAUCGUCUACUUCGACGAAAACGAUUCGACGCACCUGAAGGUGUCCUACUGGAAGAGUAUCCAGGUGCUGGAGUGCGCCUGUUCGUGAGGAAGAGGAAAAGAGCGAUACGGUCUAUCAUCUCUAGAGUCUACGCUCUACCAUCACCGAGGACUCACCAAAGAAUUGCCCGAAUUACGGUUCGGUGGUGCCACAUGUGGUUGCAUCAAAAUAUAUAUAUAUAUACAUAUUACUAAUAAUCAUUAAUAAAUACAU